AUGGUCAAAGUUCUUCUUACCGGAGGUAGCGGCUUUAUCGCUGCUCACAUUGUCGAUUACCUGCUGCAGAGGGGCUUCGACACCGUGGUAACUGUGAGAUCGGAUGAAAAGGGCCAGAAGAUCCUCGAAGCACACCCCGGGGUUUCCAAGGAAAAUCUGUCCUAUGUAAUCGUCAAAGAUGUUGCGGCAGAUGGAGCAUUCGACGAAGCCGUAAAAUCAAACCCUCCCUUUGACUAUGUCCUCCAUACUGCAUCGCCCUUCCACUACAACGUCCAGGAUCCCGUGAAAGACUUCCUAGACCCCGCUAUUAAGGGCACCACGGGUAUUUUGAAGGCUGUUAAGGCCUACGCGCCCACAGUGAAAAGAGUCGUCAUCACAUCUUCCUUCGCAGCUAUCACCAACGUCAAGAACCACGCGAAGGUGUACAGUGAGAAGGUGUGGAACCCGGUGACCUGGGAAGAGGCUCUGGACCCUGCGCAAACAUACCGAGCCAGCAAGACCUUUGCUGAAAAGGCAGCCUGGAACUUUGUCGAGAACGAGAAGCCGAAUUUUGAUAUUGCAACGAUCAACCCACCUUUAGUACUAGGACCUGUUGUCCAUUACCUGAACUCUUUGGACGGCAUCAACACCUCGAACUCGCGGAUAAGCAACCUGAUUCGGGGGAACGACAAGGACAAACUACCCCCAACAGGCACAUUCCUCUGGGUGGAUGUCCACGACGUUGCAUUGGCUCAUGUGAGAGCCAUUGAGGUUCCGGAAGCAGGAGGCCAGCGAUUCUUCCUGACUGCUGGCUUGUAUUCCAACAAGCAGAUUGUGGAUAUCAUCCGAGAAUCACACCCCGAAUUGGAUGAUAAGCUCCCGCCAAAGGAUUCAGCCGACGACACGCCGGCGAAUAUCUAUGGCUAUGACAACACGAAAUCCAUCGAGGUCCUGGGAAUUAAGUACCGGUCGUUGAAGCAGUCUGUCGGGGAGACUGUGGACUCACUUCUGGCGGUGGGUGCUUAG